AAAGGACUUUAUAUGAGGAAGUAACAUACGUCUGUUGUUUGAGACGAUUUUUUCAGUUAAAAUUUCAACUAAAUACUAAUACAAAUCUGUCAGGACGAAACUGUUUAUACAUCUUUCUUCUAUAUGGCGGCUUAUGCGACGAGGUUUAUGUUACAAACUGGCUGAAAUAAGAACGAAAUUUGCUUCAUAAUUGCAACCUCGAUUGCGACAUAUUAAAUACAUCGAGUAAAUAUGGCAUCAAAUUAUCAACUCGGGUACGAUGACGAAAGAUUCGAGUCGAUAGUGAACCGAAAUUUCCACUGUUUGAUUUGCUUUAACGUCUUGAAAGACCCCGUGAUGUGCCGGAGAAAUCAACAUUAUUUUUGCCGCGGCUGCAUCACGGAACAUCUUCGUAGGAAUUCCCAUACAUGCCCAACGUGUGCUGACGAGCUGAGUGUCGAAACAUUGCAAGACGUUCCAAGAAUUGUGAAGGAUUACUUAGACGAACUAAGUAUCCGUUGCGACCAUUACGACAGAGGGUGUCGAGAACUCGUACAGCUGCAGAAUUUAAAGCGACAUGUCGCCGAAUGCGGGUUUACCCCAGUCGCUUGUGGAAAUCAAGGUUGUGGUGAGACAAUCAGUAAAAGAGAUCGUACAUAUCACGAGAGUGAACUGUGUCAAUUUAGAAAGUUGAAGUGUCACAACUGUGGAGAAAUUAGCACGAUGAUGGCUGGCAUGGAAACAAAAAUGGCAAACUUGGACACGAAUCAGGCGGAUAUGCGAACGAAAUUAGCAAAUGUGAGCACGGAAAUGACGGAUGUUAAAACGAAAUUGACAAACACGAACACGAAACUAACAACCAUGGACACGAAAAUGGCAGAUGUGAAAACAAAAAUGGCACAAACGGACACGAAACUAGAAAACCUGGACACGAAGCUCAAAAAUGUUGACACGAAAGUAACAAACUUGCAGGUGAACGUGGAAGCGAAGUUCGAAGCAGUGAAUAAUGAGGUGAGAGGAAUGAAAAUGAGUUUAAAUGAAGUAAAAAAUGGCUUUGAUCAGUUGAAAGAAGCAGUACUUGAGAAGAUAGAGAGCAAAGAAAGAAAGCAGGAGGAAAUCACAAGAGAUGUAAGUGGCACAGCGAGUGGCGGGAGAGAAAAUCAACAUAUAUUUGUUGCUGGUGGUUUGUUGAAAAACAACUCGGUAGAAAUAUUCAACUACCGUCAGAGAUUGUGGUCUUUAUUAAAGCAUAUGCCAGUGAAGGGUCACGAUGCAUCUUCAUUUGUUUAUAAUAAUCAUGUGACUCUAGCGGGAGGUGAUUGUAAUCGUGCUGCUGUAGAUAAUAUGAUCCAAAUGAAGAUUCAUCCUAUUCCUGACCUGUCAAUUAACUGGAAUGACUUUGGUGCCAAACUGCCUGUCAAGUUGUUUGCACAUAGUAGUGUGGUGUACAAGGAUAGCUUGUUUGUUACUGGCGGUUAUAAUGUAGAGUAUAUCAUCUCUGACUGUAUUUACGAAGUACAACUUAAACCACCUUACGCUGUUAAACUGGUAUCCAAGAUGCCUGAACCAAGAGCUCGUCACAACACAGUACUGUGUGAUGAUAGUAUUUUGAUCGUCGGGGGAAAGAAAUCAUUGAGCUCCGAAUACAACCUCGACAGUGUGUUAAGUUAUGACAUCAAGAAGAAUGAAUGUCAACAGUUACCUGCGCUUCCCUAUCCAGUGAGUGAAAUGGCGACAGUCAAGUGGGCUGAGAAUGUCGUGAUCAUUGGUGGGGCUAGCAAAGAUGAGAAAGCAUUAAACAAUGUUAUAAUUUAUAACAUGAAGACUGGAAACAGUCAUAUGUUGCCUCCCAUGUUACACAAGAGGAGAGGAUGUAUGGCAGUUGUUAUUGAGAAUACAAUUGUAGUACUAGGAGGACAGGGUUUGAAAUCAGUUGAAGGUUUCAGUUUUCAAAGCUAUUUAUGGGAGGAACUUCCUGACAUGAAGGAACUCAGAUAUUCAGCUACAGCAGUUGUGAUUUAGAUGUUUGCCUUAAUUUUUUGUAUGUAAUAUAAAAAAGAUGUGCACCUAAAUAAGCAAACUCCGAUGAUUUCAGCAACGGACUUCCGACCAAGGGACGUUGUUAGAAAUGUCUGAGUUUGCUUUUUUUUUAACCAGGGCAGGUUGCAUCAAAAAGUCGUUAACGAUAGAUAGUGGGAAAGUUAACCAACAAUAAUCGCGUAUUGUAGUGUUCAUUAUUAUCUAACUACAAAACCGGUAGUUGAAAUAUAGUUAAGAGUUUUAUAUAUACAGUCAGCCCCAGAUGCUAUCUUGUAUAUUUUAUACAACAACCUAUACAGGACCUCUUAGCUUAGAUAUAUUAUGACAUUUUCUGAGAUUGACAUACACGUGGAUUUUAGUCCAAAAUGUAGAGUUAUUUGUAACAAUCAUAAAAUUUGAAAUUAGAAUUGGUAAUUAGACUUAGAUUCUUCUAAUUUUAUCGGAUCAUUUAAUGAAUUCAAGAAGACCAAAGGUGUAUUAUUGCAAAAAUCCUUGCA